AAUCGCUGGCCGCGGGGCUCCGGCGAACCAAUGGGAGCGCAGCUGCUGCGGCGUCCGAACGCCGCCUCUAGAUUUUCCCGCGAAAGUCGGCGAUUGAACGCUGGGGUUCUUGUGUCCCCUGGUUUGUCAAGUGCGGGAAACCAGAGGCGCAGUCAUGUCGGGAUUCGACGAUCCUGGUAUUUUCUACAGCGACAGCUUCGGGGGGGACGCCGCGGCUGACGAGGGGCAGGCCCGCAAAUCGCAGCUGCAGAGGCGCUUCAAGGAGUUCUUGCGGCAAUACCGAGUGGGCACCGACCGCACGGGCUUCACCUUCAAAUACAGGGAUGAACUCAAGCGGCAUUACAACCUCGGGGAGUACUGGAUUGAGGUGGAGAUGGAGGAUCUGGCCAGCUUUGAUGAAGACCUGGCCGACCACUUGUACAAGCAGCCAGCCGAGCACCUGCAGCUGCUGGAGGAAGCUGCCAAGGAGGUGGCUGAUGAGGUCACCCGGCCCCGGCCUGCUGGUGAGGAGGUGCUCCAGGACAUCCAGGUCAUGCUCAAGUCGGACGCCAGCCCUUCCAGCAUUCGUAGCCUGAAGUCAGACAUGAUGUCACAUCUGGUGAAGAUCCCCGGCAUCAUCAUUGCAGCCUCGGCGGUCCGUGCCAAGGCCACCCGCAUCUCUAUCCAGUGCCGCAGCUGCCGAAACACCCUCACCAACAUUGCCAUGCGCCCUGGCCUGGAGGGCUAUGCCCUGCCCAGGAAGUGCAACACAGAUCAGGCUGGGCGCCCCAAGUGCCCACUGGACCCAUACUUCAUCAUGCCCGACAAAUGCAAAUGCGUGGACUUCCAGACCCUGAAGCUGCAGGAGCUGCCUGAUGCAGUCCCCCACGGUGAGAUGCCCAGACACAUGCAGCUGUACUGCGACAGGUACCUGUGUGACAAGGUUGUCCCUGGAAGCAGGGUUACCAUCAUGGGCAUCUACUCCAUCAAGAAGUUUGGCCUGACCUCCAGCAGGGGCCGUGACAGGGUGGGCGUGGGCAUCCGAAGCUCCUACAUCCGUGUCCUGGGCAUCCAGGUGGACACAGAUGGCUCUGGCCGCAGCUUUGCUGGGGCUGUGAGCCCACAGGAGGAGGAGGAGUUCCGUCGUCUGGCCGCCCUCCCCAAUGUCUAUGAGGUCAUUUCCAAGAGCAUCGCCCCCUCCAUCUUUGGGGGCACGGACAUGAAGAAGGCCAUUGCCUGCCUGCUCUUUGGGGGAUCCCGAAAGAGGCUCCCUGAUGGACUUACUCGCCGAGGAGACAUCAACCUGCUGAUGCUAGGGGACCCUGGGACAGCCAAGUCCCAGCUUCUGAAGUUUGUGGAGAAGUGUUCACCCAUUGGGGUUUACACGUCUGGGAAAGGGAGCAGCGCAGCUGGACUGACAGCCUCGGUGAUGAGGGACCCUUCGUCCCGGAAUUUCAUCAUGGAAGGUGGAGCCAUGGUCCUGGCUGAUGGUGGGGUCGUCUGUAUUGACGAGUUUGACAAGAUGCGAGAAGAUGACCGUGUUGCAAUCCAUGAAGCCAUGGAGCAGCAGACCAUCUCUAUUGCCAAGGCUGGGAUCACCACCACCCUGAACUCUCGCUGCUCCGUCCUGGCUGCUGCCAACUCAGUGUUCGGCCGCUGGGAUGAGACGAAGGGGGAGGACAACAUUGACUUCAUGCCCACCAUCUUGUCACGCUUCGAUAUGAUCUUCAUUAUCAAGGAUGAGCACAAUGAGGAGAGGGAUGUGAUGAUGGCCAAGCAUGUCAUUACUCUGCAUGUGAGUGCACUGACACAGACACAGGCCGUGGAGGGCGAGAUUGACCUGGCCAAGCUGAAGAAGUUUAUUGCUUACUGCCGAGCGAGAUGCGGCCCCCGGCUGUCAGCAGAGGCCGCAGAGAAGCUGAAGAACCGCUACAUCAUCAUGCGAAGCGGGGCCCGUCAGCAUGAGAGGGACAGUGACCGCCGCUCCAGCAUCCCCAUCACUGUGCGGCAGCUGGAGGCCAUUGUGCGAAUCGCUGAAGCCCUCAGCAAGAUGAAGCUGCAGCCCUUCGCCACAGAGGCAGAUGUGGAGGAGGCCCUGCGGCUCUUCCAAGUGUCCACGUUGGAUGCUGCCUUGUCCGGUACCCUGUCAGGGGUGGAGGGCUUCACCAGCCAGGAGGACCAGGAGAUGCUGAGCCGCAUCGAGAAGCAGCUCAAGCGCCGCUUUGCCAUUGGCUCCCAGGUGUCUGAGCACAGCAUCAUCAAGGACUUCACCAAGCAGAAAUACCCGGAACACGCCAUCCUCAAGGUGCUGCAGCUCAUGCUGCGGCGGGGCGAGAUCCAGCAUCGCAUGCAGCGCAAAGUUCUCUACCGCCUCAAGUGAGUCGCCGCCUCACUGGACUCGUGGACUUGCCCAUGUCUCAGGCCCCUCCUGCCACUGUCUGCCAUUGAGAAUGCUGCUUUGCUCUCUGCCGCCCCACUGCUGUCCUCGAACUUCCCACGCACCCUCCUUUCUGCUCCAGAGGGAGGAGCUGUAGUGUCCUGCCGCCUCUGGGCCACUGCCUCCAGCGCAGUUCUGAGAAGUGUGCUUUUGGCAUCUGUUAAUAAUAAAGGCACAGUGUGUUCGGGU